AUGAGUUCUUCCGAAGCUGCUGAAAAGCUGCGCACGUCCGCAGAGGUCUCCCGCAAUGAGGCCACCUUGCCUACCGUCAACCCGGCCCUGGACAAGCAGGAGCCUCCCAAGCCCGCUCUGCACCCGGCCUUCUACGUGAUUGCCUGGAUUACUCUGAGUUCCAGUGUUAUCCUGUUCAACAAGCACAUCCUGGACUAUGCCCACUUCCGUUUCCCGAUUAUUCUUACAACAUGGCACUUGGCAUUUGCAACCUUCAUGACCCAGAUUCUCGCCCGCACCACCACCCUGCUCGAUGGCCGCAAGACCGUCAAGAUGACUGGCCGUGUCUAUCUGCGUGCCAUCGUCCCCAUCGGUCUCUUCUUCAGUCUGAGUUUGAUCUGCGGCAACGUUACGUAUCUCUACCUGAGUGUUGCUUUCAUUCAGAUGCUCAAGGCCACCAUGCCCGUCGCUGUGCUCUCGGCCACCUGGGCUAUGGGAAUUGCUCCCGUGAACCUCAAGGUCCUGAUGAACGUCUCCGCCAUCGUCAUCGGUGUCAUCAUCGCCUCGUUCGGUGAGAUCAGGUUCGUCUUGAUCGGCUUCCUCUUCCAGCUCGGUGGUAUCGUCUUCGAGGCCGUCCGUCUGGUCAUGGUUCAGCGUCUGCUGAGCUCUGCGGAGUUCAAGAUGGACCCUCUGGUUUCCCUGUACUACUUCGCUCCCGUCUGCGCUGUCAUGAACGGUAUCACUGCUCUGUUCCUCGAGGUUCCCAACCUCACCAUGGACCACGUGUACAACGUCGGUGUCUUCACGCUGCUGGCCAACGCCGUUGUUGCGUUCAUGCUGAACGUGUCGGUUGUCUUCCUGAUUGGCAAGACUUCUUCUCUGGUCAUGACCCUGUGCGGUGUCCUCAAGGAUAUUCUCCUGGUCGCCGCCUCUAUGAUGCUCUGGCACACCCCCGUCACUGGUCUCCAGUUCUUCGGUUACUCGAUUGCCUUGAUGGGUCUGGUCUACUACAAGCUCGGUGGUGACAAGAUCAAGGACUACGCCGGCCAGGCCAACCGCUCGUGGGCCGAGUACGGUGCCAACCACCCGGCUCAGCGCAAGGGCAUCGUCGUUGGUGCUGUCGUCCUCUUCUUCUUCCUGCUCUUCGGAUCGAUGGCUCCUAGCUACGCUCCUCAGUCUGUCGACCGCUUCAAGGGCAUCCUCGGUGGUGCCACCGCUGGAAACGCGUAA